ACUGGAUCACUGUGGAACCACUGAGAUAGGUGCAGUGAUGCGGUGCUCUGAUGUUACCCGCCAAGCGGCCAAUUAGCAUUUAGCUCCUGCAACGUUCAACCAGGGUUGACGAGCUGUCACACUCAUAGCUCUCCACUCACUUCCUUAAGCUCCAAGAAACUUUGCUUUGGUAGAUCGGGACUACCGCGGUGGUGGGAUUUUGGCCUCAAGAUUUGCCUAUAAAGCCUGCAUGGUCCUCGUGCCCUCUUUCUAAAUACUUUUUGAGGACAUUUCCUUCCCAGGUAUCCCACUCCGCAUAGUCAGCAUGUCAGAGUCACCGAAGAACGAGUACCCUAAGGGCGAAGAGAAGAUCGCGCUAGGAGAGCCAUAUGCGGUGCAAGAAUCUACUUCACUUGGAGUUGCAGAGGAUCUACUCGGUUCUCAAAGUGUCGAUCCAGCUCUGGAUGCCAAGAUGCACAUUGUCAACAACGCCAUCGAUGAGAUUGGUUGGACUCCAUAUCACUGGAAACUGUUUGUGCUGAAUGGAUUCGGCUAUGCCGUCGACUCUCAACUCCUUCUUUUGCAAUCAAUCAUCGCUACACAGGCCUGCUAUGAGUUUACGCCAUCUUACCCUCGAGCUCUCACAAUUGCUGUUUACGUGGGCAUGCUCGUUGGUGCUUUGUUUUGGGGAUUGAGCGCCGACAUUGUCGGUCGACGAUUCGCUUUCAACGUCUCACUGUUCAUCUGUUCAUUCUUCACCAUUAUCUCUGGAGCAGCGCCAAAUUGGGCUGCGCUUGCAACGUUCAUUGCUUUCCUAGGCUUUGGUGGGGGCGGAAAUCUUAUCAUGGAUACGACAGUUUUUAUCGAGUACCUGCCCUCAAACAAGCAAUGGGUAUUGACAUGGCUCGCUUCAUGGUGGGGGUUGGGACAGGCAAUUGCCGGCUUCUUCGCUUGGGGAUUCCUUCCUCCCUCGAAGUGGAACUGCUCAAACCCGUUCGACGAGGAUGGCCUCAGAAUUUCUACAUGCUCAAAGGCCGACAACAUGGGCUGGAGAUAUGUCAUGUAUACCUCUGGAGCCAUGGUGUUUGUGAUGAGUGUGGCCCGAAUUACAGUCAUUCGCUUGAAGGAAACGCCGAAAUAUCUUCUAGGAGAAGGCAAAGACGAGCAGCUUGUAGCCGAUUUCCAAAACAUGGCCGCAAAAUAUAAUCGACCUUGCUCUAUCACCGUUGAGAUGCUAGAUGCAUGCGGAACAAUCAACUCGGCUCAUGGAAAAACCAAAUUCUCGGUUUCUGAGUUGACGGUUCACUUCAGAGGGCUAUUUGCAACAAAGACGAUCGGUUUGUCGACUUCUUUGAUCUGGCUCUCUUGGACACUCAUUGGUCUCGCUUAUCCACUGUUCUAUGUUUUCCUCAGCAGCUAUCUCUCUUCCAGAGGUGCCGACUUUGGAGUACAAUCUGAUUUCGAGACUUGGAGAAAUUAUGCGCUGGUAAACAUCAGUAGUAUCCCGGGACCUAUGCUCGCAGGUUACAUGUGCAAUUGGAAAGUCCUCGGCCGAAAGUACACCAUGGUAAUCGGCGCUCUUAUCACAAUGGCUUUCUUCUUCGCCUACACCCAAGUCCGAACGCAAGCUCAGAAUGUCGGCUUUAGCUGCGCAAUCGGUUUCGCCCUGAAUAUCUAUUAUGGCACGCUGUAUGCAUAUACGCCUGAAGUACUGCCUUCUGCGCAUCGUGCUACAGGAAAUGGAAUAGCGGUUGCUUGUAAUCGGAUCAUGGGUAUCUUGUCUGCAGUCAUUGCUACGUAUGCUGAUACCACUACGGCGGUUCCGAUUUAUGUGUGUGCAGCUUUGUACAUCGGGAUGGCUGCCGUGGCUGUUGCUUUUCCUUUUGAACCGUUUGGGAAGAGAAGUUCUUAGUUACACGAUGCUGGUCAGAUAUGUAGUUGAACAUACCUCGUUCAAGACGAGUUGUGGAUCACGAAAGCGGUUCAAUGGAAUAACAUGCGAGACUACAGAUUUUGGGAUAUUUCAAAUUCCAAAUUGUAUCGAUGAAGUGUAUCAGAAGCGUUGGAGGUUUCGGCUGGCUGCAGCUCAGCUCAGCGACCCCCACGCGUAUUCUCCAUUCGGGAAGACCCUGGAUAAGCCACUGCACGAGAUAAUGCGAAAUCGCGUUAUGCUACCGACAACUAUGUAGUUUUCCAUAAUUUAUUAUAAUUACACGAUACUGAAUUCUCGAUACAUCAAAAGAUCGGACAUCCAAG